AUGGUAAUGGAUUAUGCAAAUGGAGGUAAUUUAAGAGGAAACUUAACAAGAAUAAUCGAAAUUGUUUGGAAUCAAAAAUUAUAUAUGUUACAUGAAAUUAUUUCUGGACUUAAUAAUAUACAUGAACAAAAUCUUAUUCAUUGUGAUUUUCAUGAUGGUAAUAUUUUAAAUCAUUAUGAGAAUAAAAUUUAUAUUAGUGAUUUAGGAUUAUGUAAACCUGUAAAAUCAUUUAUGAAAAAAUAUGAUAUUUAUGGUGUUAUACCAUUUAUGGCACCUGAAGUUUUAAGAGGCAAAUCUUAUACUCCAGCUAGUGAUAUUUAUAGUUUUGCUAUGAUUAUGUGGGAAUUUACAUCUGGGGUAACACCAUUUAAUAAUAGAGCACAUGAUGUUCAACUUAGUUUAAGUAUUUGUAAAGGUGAACGUCCUGAAAUUAUCAAAAAUACUCCACAAUGUUAUGUAGAUUUAAUGGAAAAGUGUUGGGAUGAAAACCCAUUAAAAAGGCCAUCUUCUAAAGAAGUUUUGAAUAUUAUUAAAAAUUGGGUUUUUUUUUCAGGUAAAGGGGAAGUUGAAGAUAUUAAUGAAAAAUUGAAAUGUAAUAUUAUGGAAUUUAUAAAUGCACCAAUUGGGCAUAACAAUAAUCUUUCUAUUGAAUCUCAUCCACAGUCAUGUUAUACAAGUCGCUUACAUGGUUUUACUAGUAAACAAUUGAAUGAAAUUCUUGGAAUGAAUGAAAUUCUUGAAAGUGAAGAUUCACAAGCUAGUGUAAAAGUGGAUGAAAUGCUAUUAAGUGAAAAUUUGGAUGAUUGUAUAUUUAAUUUGAAGUCAUUAGAUAUUAAAACAGACAAAAAAUAAUUAUAAAAAUUUAUAGUUUUUUUUAAAGUGAUAUUUGAUGUCAUGCAUUUAACAGAAAUUG